AUGCCGAGACAGACCCACAAAGAGCAUUCUUUUCGCGGCCACCACGCAGACACACCUCGUCACCCAUCGCCUCUUUGCGUGGUUCGCCGAAAACACCAAGCAAGAACGAACGAAGCAGUUAGUUGGACAGCAGCAGGAGAUACGCAGACGACGAAGAAGACGUGCUACGACGGACGGACGCGGCUGACAGCUCACCCUUUUCUUUCUUCUUUUCACGGCGAAGCCUCGCCAUAUUUGUGCGGACACCUCAUUAACUUCUCUUCUGGCGUCGGGCGACAGACCUCUUCUGUUGAGCCAAAGGCCAAGGACGGCGCGGCUGGGGGAGCUACGAAGCGAUGGCGGAAGGGGCGCUUCUCCCGAGUUACACAACUCUCACGGGGGCUUGGGUGCUGGACGUCCGACUCGAUGGAAGACUACCUUCGACUGUUACUGGACAAUCCCGAGCCUGCCAUCGAAGCACAGGCGGCCGGAGAGCAGAACACACAGAGCCGGAACGCCAUCAUGCUGAACGAAACCCACCUGGUCAUCUACAAGCGCACAGCAGCAAAUCACUUCACCGAAACCUUCGAGCUAGGAAUGGAGAAGGCUGUCCAAAACGCUGCCGGUUACAUCAAGCGGUCCACCGCGUUCCUCAUCGAUGACGGGCUGCUGACGGGCUACUUUGUUGCGAUCAGCACCAUGUCUGCCGAAGGCCGCAGCUUGUCUUUGGUCGACGCGCGCCGACUCGAAGAAGGGGGACACGCUCACGCCCAGGAGCUUAGCGUGAGGAACAACACGACCGGUGAGACGUGCACCAUAAUGCGCACGUGGAUUCGCGUGCCGAUGACCAGCUCCGACGUGGGGCGGCUGGGGCGGCAUCUCGCCGAAUGACAGCGGCCGAAAGGAAAAUGGUCGUCCCUCUUGACGAUUUCCUCCUCUCCGUUACUUUCUGCCCCCCCUCCUAUUCUCCGUGCGAGGGAUAACUGACCUGACUGCGUGGUGGGAUUGUUUUUACAUGUCACUUGCGUCGCUGCCGUUGUCGGUGAAUAAGAUCGUUUGGCACGUGUAUGCGCGUUGUAAGGAAUGAAACACGAAGCUGUGUGACCGCGUGUUAUGGUUCCUCUGUGUGAAUAUUGGUGGACGUGGUGUGAUCAUUGUUUACUACGAAGUCUACCGCCGGAAGCAUAUUUUUGAGGCUAUAGUAAGAGAUCGUAUUUGUUGACCGCAUCAUCCCUCCUUGUGAUUUGUUGUUCUUCCCGCUCGAUUCCACGCAAUGGUGUUGUUGUUGUUGUUGUUGUUGUUGUUGUUGUUGUUGUUGUUGUUGUUAGUUUUGUUGUUGUCGCCUUCACCUAGUAAUCGGCUUUUACCAAGUGAGUGCUCUCCCCUCCUCAAGGCUAAGAAACGUCCCAAGCUGACCCAUUAGCAGUGUUGGUCAGCCUGGCGCCUGGCUUGUUUCUUCACGGGUGGGUAUGAUCACCCCUCUACUCGCUAUGAAAUAUCUUCCUUUGUCGUCCUUAUGCGUACCCACGCGUGUACAGCCAUUCGUUCCUUCCUAGGCUGACCCCCAUCAACCUGUGCUGCUGCUUACGCAGCCGGUGGCAAUUCGAGGGCCUUAGGGUUUAGGAGCCCCCAUGCAGACGCAAGAAUUCGGCGGUUGUGUGUUUUAGUAUCCCGAUAUGAGGACCUUCGUGUACUCACGUGCCAGUUAGACCAAGGGUUCCCGCUCUGUUGGCGUGGCGAAGGCUCGUGCGUAUGCUGUGUUGUAGUAUGGUCUAUGGGUGUAGUAAGAGGACCCC